UAAUUCAAAACUAGCGCAAAAUGAAGUCCGCAUUUGCUUUGGCGCUGCUUCUGGGCUGUCUAACUGGUUGCCUGAUGGCUGACGAUGCCGACAAUGGACGCCAAAUUGUGGAGACCUGCUUGUCGGAGAAUGGUGUAGCCGAACAGGAUAUUGCCGAUCUGAAAUCGGGCAAAAUAAAGCCCGAGGAGGUCAAGGAUAACGUCAAGUGCUCGGCCCAAUGUAUCCUAGUCAAGCUCGGUUUCAUGAACAGCAAGGGUCAGCUACUAAAUGAUAAGAUAUUGGAGCACUUUAAGGAUGCGCCGGCUAAGGAGCAAGCGGAAAAGGCUCUGGCUGCCUGCGGCAGUGUCACUGGCGCCAAUCCCUGUGAUUCGGCCUUCCAGAUCAUGAGCUGCCUGGAAAAGCAUGUCAGCGAGGUGAUGAAAAUGUAGACAGCUGCUGAGUGUGUUACGGAGAAGCAAAACAUGCACAACGCACAACAUUUAGUUACAAGAGCCAAAAAAAUACCCACAACAAACUUAAUAUCUAAUUAAAAGCAGCAACAAAUACAUUACGCCAAAUUUAAUCAAUGCUU